UCUACGGUGAUGAGCCGCAAGGAGAUCGAGCAGGAGUAUGAGGGCCUGGUGAAACGCUCAGAGCAGCUCCUCUCCUCAAUGCAGAAGAAGAAGCAGGAGCAGGAGGAGACGGAGCGACUCAAGCACAUCCAGGAGGAGAUGGAGAGAGAGCGGAAGAGGCGCGAAGAAGAGGAGCAGUUACGCAAACAGGAGGAAGAAGACCGCCGCAUGAAAGCCGAGAUAGAGCAGAAGAGGAAGCAGGAGGAAGAGGAGAGAAAGAAAAGAGAAGAGGAAGAGCGAGUCACGCAGGCUGAACUUGAGAUACAGCUGGCAUUGGAGCGAGAAGAAGAGACUCAGAGACAGACCAUAAUGGAGCAGGAGAGGAGGGACAGAGAGCUGGCCAUGAGGAUCGCUCAGAGCGAGGCAGAACUCAUCCAGGAUGAAGCUCAAAUGGACCCCAGCUUGCGCAGGGGUGUGCAGGCGCAGGCCAACAAGGUGACAGCCGGGGUAAAGAAGUACGACCUGAGCAAGUGGAAGUACGCUGAGCUGCGAGACGCCAUCAACACCUCCUGUGAUAUAGAGUUGCUGGCAGCGUGCCGUGAAGAAUUUCAUCGUCGUCUGAAGGUGUACCAUGCCUGGAAAUCAAAGAACAAGAAGCAAAAUACAGACACAGAGAUGAGGGCUCCUAAAUCAGUCACUGACUAUGCCCAACAGAACCCCGCUCCACCCGUCCCAGCCCGGCAGCAAGAGACCGCGAUGAACCGACAGCAGCGUUACUUCCGCAUUCCCUUCAUACGACCCGCGGACCAGUACAAAGACCCCCAGAACAAGAAAAAAGGCUGGUGGUACGCUCACUUUGAUGGGCCCUGGAUCGCCAGGCAGAUGGAGCUUCACCCAGACAAGCAGCCCAUCCUCUUGGUAGCAGGUAAGGACGACAUGGAGAUGUGUGAGCUGAGUCUGGAGGAGACGGGGCUCACGCGAAAACGUGGAGCGGAGAUCCUCCCGCGGCAGUUUGAGGAGAUCUGGGAGCGAUGUGGCGGAAUCCAGUAUCUGAGGAACGCCAUCGAAAGCAAGCAGGCCCGACCCACCUACGCCACCGCCAUGCUCCAGAACCUUCUCAAGUGAACACCGACCGUCUCUCCUCUUGGUUUACAUGAUCUAUGCACGUGUAGAUGUAGACGGGAAAGUGGUGUAGCUAAAACAAAAGUCUGUGCAACUCUAGUGGAAGCAAACCCCAUCUAAUUUACUUUUUGUUUGUAGUUUGUUCUUCAUUUUGCUGUGAACUUAGAAAUCAGUCUUCACACAAAUCUGAGCCUUGCUUGAACCUGUUGCUCAGAGAUGCCUUAAGAUUUUUUGACCUAGUUCAUAAUGCAAAAGGAUGUUAUUGAAAUAUCACGCCCAUGUAAACCUGCUCAUAAAUCUGAAAUACACUAGGUGUUAUUGUUAUAAAAGGACAUUACAGUGUGUAGCGAUAGCCAGUUCUGUUAAACUACACCACAAAGCCUUUGUACACUUUCAGUCGCAUUAUUGGUAAUGUGAUCUGUGUCAUUUGUUGCAUGUUAAAAUAUGAUAACAAGGCAUUCCCCUAAAAAUUGCUUUUGAGCAUCCUGACCAACCCAUGCAACAUUGGCUCAACCAAUGGCGUGGGUGUAGGGGCGGGACUAUCCAUUCAUUUGACAAAUGGCAACUGGAGGCACUUCAACUUUUAAAAUACAAUUCUCUCAUAAGAGUUAAAUGGUCAUUACGUUGAGUAACAAUUGAAAGUAUCUUUAAUCUAAUCAGAUGGUGGUGGUAAAGGUUAAUGAAGAACAUGAACUGGAAAAUCAUUAGGUUGUAAUAUUUUCUCGCACUGUGUAAAUGUGGUAAUAAUGGCAGUGUUGUUUCCAAAAACUACACCACCUGAAAUUGCCUUUACAUAUAUUUGAUAUAGAAUUUUAUAAAAGCAGCUUCAGUUCAUAAAAAGGGGAUAGCCACUUUUUUGUACUUAAAUCAUGGUGAUAUGCUAAAAGGCAUAUCAAUUUCUGUUCAGUGAAGUAAUAAUGGCACCUUUGUUAAUGAUUUGCUGUGAAUUUUCUUGGUGUGUGUGGUAGAUUUCUCUCAUUUGAACAUUUAUGUACCAACUCAAGGAGAAAUGUAUUUAAAUGAGCUUGUACUCUGACAUGUGUCUCGUUAUGGCCCCUUCUUAUCUCAUUUGGUAACAACUGCCAGAAUGGAAGCAAUGGAAACAGCAGUGAGAUCCUAAACAUUCUGGAAACUUGAGACCAAAUUGCUGCAUUUGAUCAAUUUGCUGUCAUUAUCCAGACUUUGUUUAUUCAUAAGCUAAUGUUUUUUCUCCAUUGAGCCCUUUCCAGAUGAAAAGAUGUCAUCUCAAACAGCCAGUUUAUCCAUAUUAUAACUGUUAAUUAUUUGUUCCUUGACUGUCAUUUAUCUUUGAUGUUUCUGGGUUAAAUAUACUCCGAUUUUCUUAUUUUUGACUGGCCACUGUUACUCUCAUCACUUUGUUAGACCAAAAUAAACAUUCCAUUUCUUAUGUUUCAA